AUGGACGGAAACUCGGACAUCAACACAAUCCUGACCAAUUCGUUGUCACCCGACAACGCGUUGCGUCAACAUGCUGAGCAGCAGCUCGAGCAGGCCGCGGCCACCAACUUUUCUCUCUACCUUGCCACGCUCGUCCAGGAGCUCGCCAAGGAAGACGCCCAAGGACACAUUCGUGCCGCUGCCGGUAUUGCCCUCAAGAACGCCUUCACAGGUCGCGACCCAACCCGCCAGGCCGAACUCCAAGCAAAAUGGCUUCAGCAGACCGACCAGGACACAAAGACAAAUAUCAAGCAGCUGACCCUGCAAACCCUCUCCUCUACCAACAGCCAGGCCGGGCAGGCGGCCGCACAGGUCGUGGCCGCCAUCGGUGCCAUCGAGCUGCCCCGCGAGCAAUGGCCGGAGCUGAUGCCCAUGCUCGUCCAGAACGUCAGCCAGGGCGAGGCGCACCAGAAGCAGGCCUCUCUCACCACCAUCGGCUUCAUCUGCGAGAGCCAAGACGCCGACCUCCGCGCCAGCCUCGUCGGCUUCUCCAACUCCAUCCUGACUGCCGUUGUCCAGGGCGCGCGCAAGGAGGAGACCAACAACGAUGUUCGCUUUGCCGCGAUCACCGCCCUCAGCGACUCGCUCGAGUUUGUCGGUAACAACUUCAAGCACGAGGGCGAGCGCAACUACAUUAUGCAGGUCGUGUGCGAGGCGACACAGGCGUCCGACAGCCGGAUCCAACAGGGUGCCUUUGGCUGCUUGAACCGCAUCAUGGCCCUCUAUUACGAGAACAUGCGCUACUACAUGGAGAAGGCUCUCUUCGGCCUGACCAUCAUGGGCAUGAAGUCCGACGACGAGGAUGUCGCCAAGCUGGCCGUCGAGUUCUGGUCCACCGUGUGCGAGGAGGAGAUUGGCAUCGAGGACGACAACGCCCAGGUCGGCCCCGUCGAGGACCAGGACCAGCUCCGCCCCUUUUACAACUUCGCCCGCGUCGCCACAAGCGAGGUUGUGCCCGCCCUGCUCAUUCUCCUGACGAAGCAAGAUGAGGAUGCCGCCGACGACGAGUACAACAUUUCGCGCGCUGCCUACCAGUGCCUGACCCUCUAUGCCCAGGCCGUCGGCCCCACCAUCAUCCCCCACGUCAUCCAGUUUGUCGAGUCCAACCUGCGGCACGACGACUGGCACCAGCGUGACGCUGCCGUGUCGGCGUUCGGCGCCAUCAUGGAAGGCCCCGGCGACGCGGUUCUCGAGCCCAUCAUCCAAUCCGCCCUCGGCAUCCUGAUCUCCAUGAUCGACGACCCGUCCAUCCAGGUCCGCGAUUCGACCGCCUUCACCCUGGGCCGCAUCACCGAGAACUGCCCCCACUCCAUCGACCCCGCAACACACCUCAACCCCCUGAUCGAGUCCCUGUUCCGUGGUCUGCUGAGCAACCCGAAGAUGGCGGCGUCGUGCUGCUGGGCACUGAUGAACCUAGCAGAGCGCUUCGCUGGCGACGCCGGUGCCGCCCAGAACCCCCUGACACCGCAUUUCACCCAGAGCGUGACCCAGCUGCUGUCCGUCACGGCCGCCGAGGCCGGUGCCGAGCCCGCUGUGCGCACGGCCGCCUAUGAGGUGCUCAACACCUUUGUAUCGAAUGCCGCCCAGGACAGCCUGCAGGACAUUGCACAGCUGUCGGACGUCAUUCUGAAGCGUCUCGAGGAGACCAUCCCGCUCCAAAGCCAGGUCGUCAGCGUCGAGGACAAAAUCACGCUUGAGGAUAUGCAGACAAGUCUGUGCACCGUCCUGCAGGCUAUCGUCAACCGUCUCGACAAGGAGAUUGCGCCGCAGGGCGACCGCAUGAUGGCUGCGCUGCUCUUGAUCCUGCAGAACUCGGGCGGCAAGUCGUCGGUACCCGAGGCCGUCUUUGCCGCGAUCGGCAGCUUGGCCAACGCCCUCGAGGAGGACUUUGUCAAGUACAUGGACGCCUUCUCGCCCUUCCUGAUCAAGGCACUCGGCAACCAGGAGGAGUCCAGCUUGUGUUCGAUGGCUAUCGGCCUUGUGAGCGACAUUACUCGCUCGAUGGGAAUGCGCAGCCAGCCGUGGUGCGACAGCUUUAUGAACUACCUGCUUACCAACCUGAGCAGCACCACCCUGUCGAACCAGUUCAAGCCUGCCAUCCUGCAGUGCUUCGGCGAUAUUGCUGGCGCUAUUGGCGGCCACUUUGAGACGUACCUGUCUGUUGUUGCCCAGGUUCUGCAGCAGGCCGCGACAGUCACUGCUGGCAACGACGGAAGCUACGAGAUGUUCGACUACAUCGUCUCGCUGCGCGAGGGUAUUAUGGACGCCUGGGGCGGUAUUAUUGGUGCUAUGACCUCCAGCCAGAAGACCGAGGCUCUGCAGCCGUACGUCCAGCCCAUCUUCCAGCUCCUGAAUGUCCUCGCCAACGACGGCAACCGCAGCGAGUCGCUCAUGCGCUCGGCAAUGGGUGUCAUCGGUGACCUUGCUGAGGCGUUCCCCAACGGGCAGCUCACGGAGGCUCUGCGGCAAGAAUGGGUGCUGCGCAUUAUCAAGGAAACGCGCACCAACCGGGAGUACUCCUCGCGCACGGUCGAGACCGCCCGGUGGGCGCGCGAGCUCGUCAAGCGCCAGAUUGGUGGCCAGACGAACGUCAUCCAGGCCGCCAUUCCGGCAAUUCUGCCGGAAAAGGACGGCGUCUUCCUCCUUCUCCUCGUCAUCCUCUUCAUCCUUGCGCCUCUCACAUACAUCUGCGCCAUGCCGGUUACGAACACCAAUACUGUCGGCUGGGAGGCAUUCGCCCUGUCGUCGUUUACUCUCGACAACGACUUCAUCUCGCGAGAACCCACGGACACCGACGCCGACGCCUCCUCCCCGCCAUUCACAUUUACACUCGCCGUCAAGGACAACAUUGCCACCCGCAGCCCCGAUGGCAGCACCUCCACCACGUGUGGCUCUCGCAUUCUCCAAAACUACAAGUCGCCCUUUGAGGCCACCAUUGUCACGCAGCUCCGGCGGCGCGGCGCCCGGGUCGUUGGCAAGACCAACCUCGACGAGUUUGGCAUGGGGUCGCACUCGCUGUUUUCGCACUUUGGGGGCACGUACGAGCGGCCGCACGACCCGUCCAGCGGCUCGGCGGGCGCAGCGGUGUCCGUCGGCGGCAGCUCCGGCGGCUCGUCUGUGGCGGUGCGUCUCGGCGACGUCGAUGUGGCCCUGGGCACCGACACGGGCGGUUCUGUGCGGCUGCCGGCGGCGUACGGCGGCGUCGUCGGGUUCAAGCCGAGCUACGGCAUGCUGUCGCGGUUUGGCGUCGUGCCGUACGCCAACAGCUUGGAUACGGUGGGCCUGUUGGCGCCGACCGUGGCGCCCAUUCGACGGCUGAUUGUGGGCGAGGUCGAGGUCGAGGUCGAGGUCGAGGUCGAGGUCGAGGCCAGCGAGCGGAGCGAGGACCCAACGAGCAAGCACAGCGAGGAGCAGGUCCAAAAGACCGGCCUUUGGCGGGAGUCUGACGUGGACCGUGACCCCACGUCCCUGACACUCUCCUCGCGACUGCGGAUCGCAGGGCAGCGGAUGGGCUACAAUGGAGAGACAUUCGCACCCGACCUCCGCGGCAUGACGUUUGGCAUUCCGCUCGAGUACAACAUUAAAGAGCUGGACCCGCGCAUCCGCACCGCAUGGGCGGCCGCGGCCGAGCGUCUGCGCAGUCUCGGCGCCACCAUUGCCGCCGUGUCCCUGCCCUCCACGCGCCACGCGCUGUCGGCCUACUACGUGAUCGCACCCGCCGAGGCGGCGUCCAACCUGGCGCGCUACGACGGCGUGCGCUAUGGCCAAAUCGGUGACCUGGGUGCGGAGGUGGAGACGGCCUCCGAGGCAGAAGCAGAGGCGGAGCCGGAAACGAAGCCGGAAGCGAAGCCAGAAACUACGUCACCCCCCCGGGAGGCCGACGGCGAGCAAGACGAGGCCGUUCUGUACGAGCGCGUGCGUGGCGCGGGUCUGGGACGCGAGGUGCAGCGCCGCAUCCUGCUGGGCAACUACGUGCUCAGCUCCUCGGCCCGCGACAACUACUUUGUCCAAGCCCAGCGCGUCCGCCGCGUCAUCGUGCGCGACUUUGACGCCGUCUUCCGGCUGCCCAACCCGCUGCGGGACCACGAGCCCGUGGGCGAGCACCAGGGCGUCUACGCGGACGACGCACGCGGGCACAUUGACUUGAGCGACUUGCCCGAGGGCCUGCCGCUGGCCGACAAGCGAGGCCCGGCCCAGGUCGAUUUCUUGCUGUGCCCGACGGCGCCCACGCCGGCCCCGCGAGUGGCCGACGUGGAAGCAGCACCGUCGGCCGUGGAUGCGUACAUCAACGACGUCUUUACCGUGCCGGCGAGUCUGGCAGGCCUGCCGGCCAUCAGCAUCCCCAUGCCGGCGGCGGACACAGGCGCGGCGACGGAAGCAGAGGCGUUCUGCCCGGGCUUCCAGCUGAUCGGGCAGUUCUUUGACGACGCACGGCUGCUGCAGGUGGCCGAGACAGUGAUGACGGCUGCCUUUGAGCAACCAGAGGACAUGGCGGCGCUAGAGAAGCACAGAAAGACGGGCGUGUCGACGCAAGCAUAG